CACACACACACACACACAGAGAGAGAGAGAGAGACACCCCCUUCACACAAAGGCACCAAAUAGCACGCGAUUCGACACGCACACGCACACGCAAGCGCACACAACACACUCUUUUUAGCGUACACACAGUGACGAUGGCAUGACGUACGUUUAUAUGGAUGGGUAUACAGCGAGUACAUACAUACAUAUGAUAUGGUUUGGUUGCAGUGGGGGAAUCACACGACACGACACGACACGACACCACACGACACGACAGCAAGCAGAUACUGAACACCACCAUACAGCGACGCGACCGGCAGGUUCCAGCCAAAGCCCCACUGAAGCGCCUUCAUGAAACCGCUUGCUGUCGUUUCACGAAGCUGCUUUUCACCGAGGAUUCGAGAGGCACCCCCCCUGCCUGUUGUGUUGAACCAACCGAGUGUGAAACGACACACUUCGGCUCGGCCCCCACCCCCACACCGACAUGGCUAGCGACCCGGCCCAGGCAACCUAAUCUGGUGGAUGGAUGGACGACUGGCUGAAUUACGUCCCGUACAAAUGUCUAUGACUCACUCCACUCCCCUCCACUCCCCUCCGCGGCCCUCCACACUUGACCGACAAAAUGAGUGGAUGCUCAAUCAAUAUAAAUACCUAUAUACAGUGAGUGCUCUUCUGGGUGCGGUGCAUCCCCCUUCAUUGCCCUUUCUCUGGCGCGACCUACUUGUCGGCCUCUCUCUCUGUCUGUCUGUCUGUCUGUCUAUGGCCCAAAGAUCCGCUCCCACCCCAGCAACACCAACUCGUACACACCAAAUGUGACGGCUCCAACUGUAACACACAGAGAGAGAGAGAAGGACACCACGCAAUGCUUCUGAAAGAGCCGCGUCAGCUCAUGUUGUCUCGCUGCGUCGUACCUGGGAAUGCCCGCACGACCGACGGCAACAAGCCGCGUGUGAAACCCCGCCAGCCAGACUACACCGCACGCACAAAACACACGGGGGAAGUGACUGACACGAAUGAGCGCCCGAUGGUAUGGUGUCUAUGCAGCCCAGCCUGGUCAGCCUGGUCAGGUCAAGUACAGUACCUGUCUGUAGAUGGCUGCUGCGUGUGGCAUCCACUUGGGUUCCCACAGGUGUGCUGACGGCCCCCUGGCCUGCAGGGAGCUCUUGACCACAUCAAACGGGUGACAGAUAACUGCAGCCAGCCAGCCAGGCACAACACACAAACCAAGAUGUCCACUGUCCACACACACAUGUGUGUGAGUGAUGCCACAGCUGGCUUGCCGUGCAGUCAUGGCGGCUUACACCAUGCGAGUGUGGAUGCGGUUCCUCCGGCAGUCAUGACCUCCGUGGCUGUGGGUGUGUCGCGAUGACCUCUCCUCCGACAAAAUUCGCAACACAGCCACUCGUAUGCCCCAAAAUACACACCGUAGGUCCUGCCGGCCGCACACACACACGGACAGGGAGAGAGAGAGUUCAUGUGUUGUGUGUUUGCCGCGUAUCCAUCCUCGUUAGGUUUUAUCAGGACUGCUUACCCGGCAUCUCUGACGCAGGUUGCUGCCGCCCCGUGCAUGAGCCCGCGGAUCACUCCGUGCUCCCGCAUCACCCACAUGGCGCACUCCCACGAGUUGCGGAAGUGGGCGGCAUCUCGACGCGGCACCACCACCCGCCCCGUGCUCAUGGCCCGGCACAUGCCCUCGCCCUCCAGCCCCACCACAAACGGCCGCUUGGGCGCCUCCGGCAGUGGACGGGACGACAGGGGAGAGGCAGUGGAGGGAAGCGGUGAAGGUGUAGGGGGGUGGUGCAUGGCCAUGGCCGGCGGUUGGAUGGCUGCGGUGGUUAUGCGUCUGGGUGUGGGUGAGGUGACGGAGUCGGCGUCCAUUUGCAUGCGUAUCUUAAUGACAUCCAUGGGUGUCUGCAGGGGGACGCCGAUCAGCCCGGCCGCAGACCCCGCCACCACCACCUGCCAGAUGGGCUGCUGCAGCCGGGACUGUUUCGACGUCGAUGACGCCUCGCUUCGCGGGGUCGUUGGGGUCCUCGCCCCGGCGUUGUGGAUGCGGUCGAUCAUGGCGCAUGUGUUGCCGUACGCCCCGAACACCAAUGAGUUGAGAGGCAGGUUGCCCAGCAACGGCGGGGCUAAGCCGCGGAAGAAGGUCAGGAUCCCGUCACGCCUCAGGGCCUGCCACGGGUCCAGAGGACAGAGAGAGAGGGGCUCGAGAGUGUAGAACUACGCGGAUUGCUCUCUACCUGUGUGAGGCAUUGUGAGGAAGAGGCGAAGAUGCCUUUCGAUGUGGACUGCAGCCGGACCUUCAGCGUGUCCAUCGGAUGACCACACAUCACACCGAAAGCCCCUGCAAUCGCACCUGAGAGAGAGGCAGACACGCACACAUGUGAUUCGUGUGCAUGCCGACCAUCGGGCGGCCGACCUGACCUGCUACGUGCUCUGCCCAGAAUGAAUGGACGGCCAUGGAAGGGAAGUGAACGUCGAUGGCCUCCAUCUCGCGAUGUAUCUAUUCGAAGUCUGCUGGGCAUUCACCUGACGGCCUGAAGAUAGUCUUGAACGCUCUCGAUGGCGGGCUGCAGC